CUCGAGAGAAUCUAGCCAUUACCUAGCAAUGUCGGCGUGUUGUGUGUGCUCAUCUGAGAGUCCGAAAUACAAAUGUCCAGGCUGCAGAGCAAAAUAUUGUUCGGUUUCCUGUUGCAAGAAGCACAAAGAUGAAUGUUCUGUCAAGACUCAAAAUUGUACAGUUGGCGGAAUUUUACCUACCUUUAGAGAAGUUAAACACCAACCAGAAGAAGGGUUUGAUAAACCCAUGCACCAGUUGUGCUCUGGUCCCUGACAAAUAUCCUGACCCUGCUGUUUUUGUAGAAAGGUGUGACCGUCCCAGCUGCACCUCUCCCUCCUGGUGUGACUUUCAUCUGCCAACUCCUGAAUUAAUUGCUGAAGAUGAUGAGUCUGAUAGAAUCUCUCAGCAAAAGCUGAAGCUUUUAGGGGAAUCAAAAGAACUGAAAGAUUUACUACUCAAUCCACAUCUAAGGCAACUUCUGAUGAACCUUGAUAAUUCAGAUGAAAAAGAAUCGUCAGUGAAGAAGUGUAUGCAAGAGCCUUUAUUUGUAGAGUUUGCCGACAGAUGCUUGAGGAUUGUUGAACCAGAUGAAAAAGAAAAUACGUGCCCUGACUGAAAUCACCAACUUCCUUUUGUCGUCUGUUUAUUAGACAUUAGACAUUUUUCUUUGUUAUCCUUUAAAGCAGUGUUUUCCAUCUUCAGUCCCCAGGACCCUUAAAGGAACAUUAAACACUUUGAGAUAGUAAUAUAAAAUGAUAAAUCGUGUAUAUACAUACAUAUAUAAAAAAAAAACACUAUACUUUCAUUAUUUAUUUUGUCCCCCUUUACUGUAAUUUCAUUCUUAAAUUAUGAGCAUUUCAGUUGCUAUUAGAAAUUGAAGAACACUGAUAUAUUACACACAGCUAUUGGCUGCACAUUCUAGUGACCUAUUUAUAACUGUCCCUAAUUGGCCACAGCAGAGAAAGUAACCUAAGUUACAACAUGGCAGCUCCCAUUUUUUUUUUUUAUAGACACUAAAACUUUACACUUAUUUUGUCAAUAUUUAAAUAACUAAUGAAACCUUAAAAAAUACAUCUACGUGUUGUUCUCAGACUAAUCUUUUCUUUGAAUGCUUCAUUCUAUGUAGCAUUUAUUUAGUGUUUAAUGUCCCUUUUAACAAGCCGGAUAUUCUUUAUAGGUAAAAUAAUCAGCUGAUCAGUAACCAUGGUUACUAACCUGCUCUUACCCAUCUGAUUAUUUCACCUGUGCUCUAGUUAAGAUAUAAUGAAUAUGCGUCCGGCUAGGGGUCCUGAGGACUGGAUUUGGGAAACUGCUUUAAAAAGUGUUUUUUUUUUGUUUGUUUUUUCUCUAAAAUGGAUGAUCAUGUGAUUGACUGUUCUUAUCCACAGGCCAUCUCUGUUGGUUUUGAUAUUAACGUAACCUUUUUCCUGUAACAAAAUAUUUAAAUUUGUUUAAAUAAUGUUUUUUUGUUUUUUAAAGGUACAGUAAACGCAAAAUUAAACUUUCAAGUUUCAGACAGGGUGAGCAAUUUUAAACAACUUUCCAAUUUACUUCUGUUAUCAAAUGUGCAUUAUUCUCUUAGUAUUAUUUGUUGAAGAGUAAACUUAGGUUGGUUAAGUGAUCCAAUGACAAGAGGAAUAUAUGUGUAGCCGCUAGCCACCAGCUGUCACCCAUUGGCGCAUUGUGCAUGAGCCUAUUUAGGUAUUCUUUUCAACAAAGAAUACCAAGAGAACUAUGCAAAUGUGAUAAUAGAAGUAAAUUGGAAAGUUAUUUAAAGGGAUAUGAAACCCAACAUUUUUAUUUAAUGAUUCAGAGGGAGAAUGCGAUUUUAAAGGGACAGUGAACACUGGAAUUUUUGUUGUUUUAAAAGAUAGAUAAUCCCUUUAUUACCAAUUCCCCAGUUUUGCAUAACCAACACAGUUAUAUUAAUAUACUUUUAACCUCUGUGAUUACCUUGUAUCUAAGCCUCAGCAAACUGCCCCCUUAUUUUAGUUCUUUUGACAGACUUGCAUUUUAGCCAAUCAGAGCUGACUCCUCAGUAAAUUCACGUGUAUGAGCUCAAAGUUAUCUAUAUGAAACACAUGAACUAAUGCCCUCUAAUGGUGAAAAACUAUCAAAAUGCAUUUAGACUAGAGGUGGCCUUCAAGGUCUAAGAAAUUAGCAUAUUAAAUUCCUAAGGUUUAGCUUUCAACUAAGAAUACCAAGAGAACAAAGCAAAAUUGGUGAUAAAAGUAAAUUUGAAAGUUAUUUAAAAUUACAUGCCCUAUUUGAAUCAUGACUGUCCCUUUUUAAACAACUUUCUAAUUUACUUUUAUCAAUUUUUCUUCGUUCUCUUGGUAUCUUUCGUUGAUAAACAGGGACAUUUGCUUAGGAGCCUGAUCAUUUCUGGAGCACUAUUUGGCAGCAGUUUUGCAAGAAUGUUAUUCAUUUGCAAGAUCACUAGCUGGUAGCACUAUUUCCUGCUAUGUAGUGCUCCGGAUACCUACCUAUGUAUCUCUUCAAUACUGAAUAUGAUGGGAACGAAGCAAAUUGUAUAAUGGAAGUAAAUGGGAAAUUUUUAGGUUUCAUAUCCCUUUAAAAUUGCAUGCUAUAUCUGAAUCAUGAAAGUUUCAUUUUGACUUUACUACUGUACCUUUUAUGGAGGAAAGAAUGGGCCAUGUAAAGCAGCUGGUGUGUUGCAUGCAGCCAUGUAUUCUGAAAAGCCUGUAGCUAUUUGCCAUCAAAAUAUGAUUAUUUUUUACGCAUAUGGUUGUAUUAUAUUUGUAAUAUUACUUUUAUAAAAAUACAUUUUAUUGAA